ACAAGCAAACAUAAUAGACUUAAUUUAUUCUGAGUCUUCUGUCCCCCGACUCUGCCAUCUCCUCCCUGCCUAACUCGUACCAAUAUUGCUAGUCAACAAGGUGGAGCUUCUCCUCAAUCGUCCAUGGCGUGCAUCAAACUAAAUCUCAACGUAGACGUCAACAGUUGCCUGAGCGGGCUCAAGGCGACGCUGCGGCUGGGCAGGCCAAAAUCUGGCAUCGAGAAGUUGAAAAAGGAAAUGAAAAAUUUGAGAGACAAAAGGGAUGAUAUCAAGAACCGGAUCGACCAGGCGGAGCUCGAGGGGAAAAUUCCGACCUACCAAGUGAGCCAGUGGCUACUGGACGUGGAGACGUUGGAAGGCCAAGUGGCUGCUAUCGAGCAGGAUUUCCAAAGCACCAGUUGCUUCAGUUGUCAUUGCUUCAAUCAAACUCAAACUCAAACUCAAACUGGUGGCACGAGUCAAACACAGCAAGCAGGAGAUCAGGUUCCUAUCAGAGAGUCAUCAAACUGCUGCUCCAUCAUCCUAAGAGUGGCCAAGAAGCUCGGCGAGGUUAAAGAAUUGAUGGACCGAGCUGAUAGACUGGAUCCGGUUGCCACAGUUAGGCCUUCGGAACCCACCGUGAUGAUCCCCAUCUCACACCGAUCGCCCGUUGGGAUCGAGUCGUAUGAGGAGGACAUUGUGGGCUACGUCGAUGGUGGAAAAGGCGACAUCAUAGGCAUCUACGGAAUGGGCGGUGUCGGUAAGACCACCAUAUUAAAGAGGAUCCAGCAACACUAUCAUCUUAACCAUGCCAUAUUUGAUCGUGUGAUUUGGGUUGUGGCCUCCAAAGACUGCCAAUUGAAAAGGCUCCAGAUGGAUAUUGCUAAGAGUCUAGGACUGAAGACACUGCAGGAGAGUGACGAUGAACGAACCUGUGGUGAUAAGCUCUUUACCUUUUUGAAGAGCAGGAACUGCUUGCUGCUUCUAGAUGACAUUUGGGAACACCUAGAUCUUCAACUGUUGGGUAUGGCACACUCGGCUACUACUGAAAGAGGCCAGCAGCAGCAGCCACGCAAAACCGUGGUGUUCACAACCCGUAGCGAGGCAGUAUGUGUACAAAUGAAAGCAGAAAAGAAGAUCAAAGUCAAAUGCCUGGAUCCAGUUCAAGCAUGGCGGCUCUUUGAGGAGAACAGCGAGAAGGAUGUUCUCAACUCAGAUGCUGGAAUUAAGUUCGUUGCUGAAAAACUUGCUAAAGAAUGUGCAGGUCUUCCGCUCGCUCUUGUCACCGUCGCCCGGGCCAUGUCAGGGAAAAAGUCUUGGGAAGCUUGGAAUGGCGCUCUUCGUCAAAUAAGGGAUGAACAUCAGUGGAAAACCGUAUGCCUUCCUGAAGAUUCAGUCGUCAUGUAUAAAGCCUUCAAGCUGAGCUACGACAGUUUAGAGAAUGACUCCAUAAGAGAAUGCCUUUUGUGCUGCGCUUUGUGGCCUGAAGAUUGGCAGAUCAACCAAUUCUAUAAUUUGAUACCAUGUUGGAUAGGUUGCGGCCUAAUUUGUGAAUUUAAUGUGAUCAAUGAAGCUUUUGACAAAGGAUACUCCUAUUUGGAAGCUCUCAUGGCAGCAUCCUUGCUAGAGGAAUGCAUUCCAAUGCGCAGAUCUGUUCAUUGGGACCCGUGUGUAAAGAUGCACGAUGUCAUCCGAGACAUGGCACUGUUGAUGGUCUCUGGGUUGGAGGGGAACAAAAGAAAAUGGAUUGUGAAAGCAGGAAUUGGGUUGAGUGAUUUGCCUAGACAAGAAGAAUGGCAAGAAGCAGAGCGAGCAUCAUUCAUGAGAAAUAAUAUUACUUCUUUCCAAGAGUAUGGAACUUCCACUUUUCCAAAACUUUCUAUGCUGAUUCUCUGUCACAACAAAGGUCCGAAAACAAUUCCUUCAAGUUUGUUAUCAAGCAUGCCUCGUUUAACAUACUUGGGUCUCAAUGGAUGUGGUAUAAGAGAGCUUCCUAUGGAGAUUUGUAGCUUAACCGAGCUUCAAUAUUUAGACUUGUCCUACAAUCCUAUUACAAGUCUGCCGGCCAAAUUUGGUUGCCUCAGCAAAUUAGAGUACUUGCUUCUUUCGGAUACUGACCUUAAGAUCGUACCCAAGGGGACAAUAUCCAAUUUAUUAAUUCUCAGGUGGCUGGAUAUAACGGAAAUUCCUCUUGUACCCGAGUGUUGGUGGGAUGAGUUGAAAUAUUUUAAAGGACGCCACCAAUUAAGUUUGGGAAUUAACAUUGAUGCUACAACAGAUAAUAUUAAGCAACUCAAUAUGUUACCAAAUGUCUCCAUAUGGAAACUCACUUUGGAUGGAAGCAAUAUUUCAAAACAUGAGCAAGUGACCGAUCUGGGCACUCAACAAUGGGGUUGUAGGGUAAGUGACCACCUUGAGUUUCUGUGCUUUUAUUUUCUCAAAUUAGACAAAUUAGUGUUGGCUACAGGCGUGGGUCGCGAAUCAAAUUUUGGAUGUUUAAAGAGUCUCUAUUUUGAAGACCUAGAACAAUUGGAAGAGAUUUCAUUGAAUGGAGUUCGGCUCUACAACCUUCGCAAAAUAUAUAUUGAUACAUGUCGCAUGUUAAAGGAUGUUUCUUGGGUUCUAGAGUUGCCAUGCCUUAAUUUUCUAGAGAUAAUUUAUUGUGAAGAAAUGAAAGAACUAAUAAGUGAGGUAGGGAACUCCAACUCCAUCUCCAGUUCUAGCAUCCAGAGAUUGAUUUUGAGCCGCAUGCCGAACCUCAAUCGCAUUGCAAACCAACCUCUCCAUUUUCCCUACUUCGAAUAUAUACAAGUGCAUCGCUGCCCAAAGCUCAAAAAAUUACCAUUUAUGGCUGAAAUAUUGAAGAGCAGAUUAAAAUGUAUUGAAGGCGAAGAAGAUUGGUGGAACAACUUGGUUUGGGAUGACGAGAACAUCAAGGAUUCCCUGACUCCUUAUUUUAGGUUUAACUGAUAUGGAUUCACGACCAAUUUCAAAAAGAAGCAUCGACCUUUUGGGCGAGGAGGCAGGCAUUCACUGUUUUGAUCGUUGUGGAUGGUUAAAUUGUUGGAUUCUUUGACUGGUUCGACAUGUACAUCUAUAUAUAUUUGAUUGAUGACUCCAAACUAAUUAAUUGGAGACCUACUUAGUGUUUUAAAAUUUGAUCAUAGAUAUUUAAACUUGUCCGUCAA